CUCUCCUGGAUUGUGCCGGCUGGGUCUGGUUGCCAACCCCUUCUCGUUCAUUAAGAUCACGUAAGAAGAAGAAUCCAAAGGGGAAACGUGUCUGUGAGCUAAGGCGUUUGCGUAAAUCUAGAUAGGGCUUUAAAGAACUCCCUGCCAGCCACUCGCUUUCUGUCUUCCUGUAGUCACCAAGGUGGUGGAGAGUUGAGGCUUGCGGAUAUUGCAAAGGGUUGUUAUUAGAUUCAUAAGUCACACCAAGUGGUGGGCGAUCCACUGAGCAAAGCAGAACUUCUCACAUGAUGACUUCAAACGAGACACAUUACCUCCCAGCAUCUGUUGGAGAGACUGGAUUUUAAGGCACUUCUGUCUCCAGGACAGCAAAGAAACAAUGUUCCACCAAGUGAAAAGAGUGAUGACCAUCCUUUUCCUUAGUAUGGUUAUUUCAUACUUCAGUUGCAUGAAAGCUGCCCCAAUGAAAGAAGUUAGUAUCAGAGGACAAGGCAGCUUGGCUUAUCCUGGUCUUCGGACACAGGGAACUCUGGAGAAACUAGGUGGGCCCAAUGAUGCCUCAAGAGGAUUGACAUCUUUGGCAGACACUUUUGAACAUGUCAUAGAGGAGCUCUUGGAUGAGCAGCAGGACAUCCAGCCCAGCAAGGAGAAUAAAGAUGCAGACUUGUAUUCAUCUCGGGUUAUGCUUAGCAGUCAAGUGCCUUUGGAGCCUCCACUGCUCUUUCUGCUUGAGGAGUAUAAAAACUACUUGGAUGCUGCAAACAUGUCCAUGAGGGUUCGGCGUCACUCUGAUCCUGCUCGCCGUGGGGAGCUGAGUGUGUGUGACAGUACUAGUGAGUGGGUAACAGCGGCUGAAAAAAAGACUGCAGUGGACAUGUCAGGGGCAACGGUUACAGUUCUGGAAAAAGUCCCAGUACCCAAAGGCCAACUGAAGCAAUAUUUUUAUGAGACCAAAUGUAACUCCAAGGGUUAUACAAAAGAAGGCUGCAGGGGCAUAGACAAGAGGUACUGGAAUUCCCAGUGCCGAACUACCCAGUCUUACGUGCGAGCUCUCACUAUGGAUAACAAAAAAAGAGUUGGAUGGCGUUUUAUAAGAAUAGACACUUCCUGUGUUUGUACACUGACCAUAAAAAGAGGAAGAUAGUGGGUUCAAGUUGUAUAGAUUAUAUUGAGACAAAUUUAUCUAUUUGUAUAUAUACAUAACAGGGUAAAUUAUUCAGUAAGAAAGAAAAUAAUUUUAUGGACUGCAUGUAUAAAUGAAGUUUAUACAGUUCAGUGGUUCCACAAUCUAUUUAUUGAACAUAUCCAUGACCUAACAGGGAGCAAAAGAGAGAAAAAGAUAUUCAUUUGCGCACAACUUUGAGAAGAAGAAGAAGAAAAAGAAUUUGCAUUACAUUCCUCUAACAUUGUGGUUUGUUGCCGUUGCCAAGAAUUGAAAAUGUUUUUAAAAGUUUUAAAAAAAUAAAAUUGCAUGCUGCUUCAAUUGUGAAUUGAUGAUGAUAAACUGUCCUCUUUCAGAAAAAAAUUGAACCAAAACAUUCCGUUUACAUUUUAGACAGUAAGUAUCUUUAUUCCUGUUAGUAUUAUAUCUGUUUACUGCUUUUAAAUUCUUCGGUAGCGUUGGAAUUAAAACAAUGUCAAGGUGCUGUUGUCAUAGUUUUACUGUUAAUUUUUUUAUUUUAAAAACUUCCCACAUGAUUUUAAAAGGAGAGAAGACUCCCUGUCAUCACCAUAUGUGUUCUGGAUAAAACUAAUUUGGUUUUUUUUUGUAUGUUGUGAAGGUGUUUGCAAUAUCAAGUCAGACUACUGAAAAAAAAACUAAUAAAAAAAGAGGCAACUGAAAAAGACAA